AUGAAAGUACCCUGCAUCUCUUCUCAACCACGUUGUGUCGUAUUUUAUUCCCCACUUUCAAUGCAUGUCAAGGUCAGCACUACCGUUGUAGCUCACCCGACUUAUAAAAUAAUUUCCACGCUCUCUGGGCUAUUGGGCCUACCGUGCAGCACAAUACCGAGUGACGCUGGGGUGUACUACAGAAUCUACGCCCAAGUAAGUACCUAUUGA